AUGAAGUUGACAAACCCGGGAACCGUUCCGGUGUACACCGUCUCCGGUGCCUCAACAGCCAGACCUUUACCGGACUGGCUGGCGAGACGGAGAAAGCGAUCGCUGAAGAACGACCCCGAAUACCAAAACCGAGUCGAGCUCCUCCAGGACUUCGAGUUUGAGGAAGCCAGUACCUGCAUUCGUAUUCACGUCCACAACCUCCCUCAACUGUCUCUGUCGUUUGCGCGCCAUACCAAUUCUCUUACCGAAAAGUUAACCAUCCUCUCCUCCGACUACUCGAAAACUCUGCUUCUCCAAGACGACCGACGCCUCGAGUUCCACACCCCAAUGGGCUGCCACUACACAAUUCGCAUUCCUCGUUACGGAAGAGACUUGCUUUACGACAGACAAUCUACCGAAGCCCUUAUCCCGGCGGUGGGCGUGGAUCAAGAUGGCCUGGGCGAAGUCUUCCGGCUGAACCUUGAAAUUGGCAGGUUCAUGAAGUCGUUCCAGAUUGACGUCGGUGGCGACGAAGAAGGGGCUGGUCUGCAGGGAAGCAUCGAGGCGGGAAGUGUCAACGCUGCUGCAUUGGCAGAGGGCACUCAUGGUCUUGCCGCUUUUGGUACGUCCAUCGGCACGGUCGAAUUCUGGGACCCCAGAUCGAAGUCACGAGUGGCGCGUCUUGGAUGCCAAGAGGGUGCCAUCACCGCCUUGGACUUCAGCGCUUCAGGACUGUCCAUUGCUACCGGUUCCGCGACUGGCAUGGUUCAGCUGUUUGAUUUGCGUCGCCCUGUUCCUCUCUUAACCAAGGACCAAGGCUACGGCUUCCCGAUCAAGAAGCUGAUCCACAUGACCACUGCUUCGCAAGAAAAGAAGGUUCUUUCUGCCGACAAGAGGAUCAUCAAGAUCUGGGACGAGACCGACGGCACGCCGUGGACCUCAGUCGAGCCCAUCGUGGAUCUCAACGAUAUUGCUUGGUGCAAGGACACCGGCAUGCUUCUUACAGCUAACGAAGGCAAGUCGCAGCACUCCUUCUUCAUCCCCAGUUUGGGACCGGCCCCGAGAUGGUGCUCGUUCCUCGACAACAUGGUCGAGGAGAUGGCGGAGGAGGUUCGCUCAGAGACCUACGACAACUACAAGUUCUUGACGCUGCCAGAGCUCAAGCAGUUAAGCAUGGAGCAUCUCAUCGGCAAGACGAAUUUGCUCCGGCCCUACAUGCACGGUUAUUUCGUGGCGUCGAAGCUCUACGAGCAAGCUCGUCUCAUCGCGAACCCGUAUGUCUGGGAGGAAGAGAGGACGAAGCGCAUCAAGGAGAAGGUCGAAAAGGAGCGCGCCAGCAGAAUCAGAGGCAACAAGAAGGUCAAGGUCAACCAGAAGCUCGCCGACAAGCUUCUCAAGAAGCAGGAGAACAGAGAGGUUGUGGACACACAGGCCGGUCUCCUCGGCGACGACCGUUUCAGCAAGCUCUUCGAGGACGAGGCCUUCGCCGUCGACGAGUCCACCUACGAGUUCCGUGCUCUCAACCCCAGCACAAAGGUUGCCGCAAAGGAUGCUCACGAGGUUGGUGUCAGUUCUGCUGCUCGCCCUGUGGUGGACUCAGGCCCCAAGGGUCUUGGAAAGAAGGCUACCCAGGAGUACGAAAUGAAGAUCUCUUCAUCUAACCAGAAGGGCGGAAAAGAGAGGGACACUGCCCUGGGUGCCAGGGUGCAAAAGUCGGGCCGCAUCAACAAGACGAACCGUGGAGAUGCGUACGGCGAGAAGGCGGUUACGUUUGUUCCGCAGGGCAAGAAGAAGCAUGGCGGGCAGCAGCCCGAUCACCACGACGACUCGAGGCCUCGGGAUCACAAGAACAAUGCGAGAAGAAGCGCCAGCACAAACACAUUCCGAAGGCUAUAA